AUGCGGGAAAUUUCCUCGCUACUGGACGCGUUCUAUGCUGUCAUCGCUCUGUACCCGUCCAGCUCCGCCGCGGAGGCUGACCAGCCGUGCCUUGCGCAACCGCGCCUGAAGAAUAGGAUUCGAGCGAUGUGCCUGUGGUACAACACGGCGCUGCACAUGCGGCUGAAGAUGGUGUCGCUGCGGCGCAUGCUGCGCAGCUCGCGCGCCGCCGCUCGCAGCGCAGCGUCGCAGCGCGCGGGUAAAUCGUCUGAGAAUCACCGGGCGAGCCAAGUGCGCUUCGAUCUCAGUAGCACUCCUACAGACUCCACCAGCAGCGAUGCAAGUGUGCACUCAGAUACUGCCAGGCCUGCGGACAUCAGGUCUGCAGACACCAGUCCUGCGAACAAGAACCAUAGUCCCAUUGACGGCCUGCCUCUGGAAGAAAAACAAGAGCCAACCGACGUCGUGGACGGAAAGGAGACAGCGAAAGACGGCAGUGAUAAACAUAAUAAGUGUGAAGAAGAACACAACAAUUGCCAAGAACGAGAGGAUGUGGUGGACAGUGGAAUCGAUAGUAGAUCUGAGUGCUUGGGUGACUGCACCCCCGAGAUCAUAGUAACCGAGGCCAGGAACUUGAAUGUGCGUGAGGCUGGUGAGACUGGUGACGUUGCUGAGGCUGAUGGAGAUGAUGACCCUUUGCGGCUGGGCGCAUUGCACGAGCUGGCGCAGUUGCGCCUUCUGGGCAACACCGACGUGCCGCUCUACAGGGACUACCACUAUGAAAUGCUGAAGACGCAAGGUGUGCGACGUUGCAUGACCUUCAUCCAAAAGAUCUGUUAUAACAUGUUGCGCAAGGUGUACCUCACGCUGCUCGACCCCGAGGAGGCUGAAACGGAUCCUUCAAAUGAAGACGCCUCAAUGGAAUCUUUACUCAACACAAAAAGUGAUUUCAAUGAGAAGACUGAGAAUAAACCAGACCAAAUUGACGAGAACUCUUACGAACUCCGCAGGUAUGGGUGCCGGUGCCGCGAGAGCGUGGACAUGCGGCUGCCGUCGUACCGCAGCCACUUCGUGCUGCUGAGCAGCAUGUGCAUGGAGGCCGUGCACGACUACCUUGCGCUGCGCCUGGAGGCUCGCCCCGCGCACCCCUCCAGCCUCACCGUCAAGCAGCUAAUUCACGAGCUAAAGGAAGGUCUGGACAUCGCGACUGAGAUCCGGUGCGCGUUCGUGCGGUACGCGGCGGCAGCGCUGCGCGGGGAGCGCGGGGAGCGCGGGGGGCGCGCCUGCCUGCUGCAGCUGCUGCGCACCUUCGACAGCACCGUCGCCACCGCGCUGCAGCAAUAUCUGUCGUACCUGAGCACGAUGUCGGAGACGGAGUCGCUGCCGCGCGCCGCGCUGGCCGCCGAGUGGGCCUUCACCGCGCGCCUCGCCGCCCGCGCGCCCCGCGUCUCCGCGCGCGCGCCCGCCGCCUUCGUUGACAUCGCCUGCAAACAAUUACAGCGGCUGGUGCAACGUUUUGACGAAAAGUUCGCCAGCCUCAUGGAAGUCGAGGUUCCUAACGAUAAAGAAGAAUCGAGGUACGUGGUGUACGCGUUGUGCCGCGGCGCGCAGCAAGUGUACGCGAACGAGCGCGAGGCGGCGCUGCAGGCGGCGCAGGCCGCGCGUGCGCUCGCCGCGCGCCUGCACCCGCGCCGCGCUAGACUGCGCACGCUGCUCUGUGAAAAUUUGAUGUGCCUGUGCAAGUGCGUGGUGCGGCACACGGAGCACAUCUUGGAGCGCAGUCGGCUGCCGGACGAGUCGCGUGCGGAGGGGCGGGGGGAGAGGGCGCGCGAGCUCGCCGACAGCAUGGCGGCGCGAGUGCGCGAGCUGCUGCUGCAGGCCUACAAGCUCGGCUUCGAGGUGCGCACGCACACGCACACGCACACGCACUCGCGUGCGCAUGCACACUAA